CAAAUUACAAGGCGCUGCAAAUGUGAAAUACACCCUCCGGUGGACGUGGGGCGUCAUUUUCCUAUUUCACCUCGCAUCAACUCGGCUGUGCUUUUUUGUGAUUGGGGGCUGUGAUCCACGGGAGGCGGAGUAAUCAACCACCUCCUCCUCCUCAUGCUGCUGUAAUCCGAGUCUGCUCUCGGACCUGCCACCAACACUUGUCACAGGACGCCGAGGGGGUGAAGGCGCACGGCGGCCACCUCGUCACGACACGCACGGAUUGUGCACGCCUUUUGCAUGAGGAUUGUACCUGAUCGCUUUCCGGCGUGUGUGCGCGCGUAUGGCUUUAACCGACUGACGCACUCAGUGUUUUGGAGCUUUUCUAAAGCACACUCACACACAUGCAUUUCUCCGCCUUUUCCACGACAUUUGGGUCAUGAUCACAUCGCCCACGGUGUCUUUCCUGAGAAAUAGCACCAAUCCAGCGUGGGAGAGCUGCACGUCCUCGGGGGAGAGAAGCGCUUGCCGUCCGUCCGCCUACAGCUCAGUCUCUCCCGCAGACCCGUCCCGUCAAGCCGGUCGCCUUCCCAUCAAGGUCCUGAAAAUGCUGACGGCCCGGGCAGGACACAUUUUGCACCCGGAAUACCUCCAGCCUCUACCUUCCACCCCAGUCAGCCCCAUCGAGCUGGAUGCCAAGAAGAGUCCCCUAGCACUUUUGGCUCAAACAUGCUCCCAGAUUGGAAAGCCGGACCCCCCGGCCUCCUCCAAGCUCUCCUCGGUGGCCUCCAGUGGAUCUAAUGACAAGGAGAGCAAGUCCGGCCCGCUGAAGAUCAGCGACAUCGGCGCCGAGGACAAGUCGAGCUUCAAGCCGUAUUCCAAAUCCUCGGACAAGAAAGAGUCGAGCGGCGGCCUGAGUGGAGAUAAGAACAGUUUCCGAGUGCCUAGCGCCACCUGCCAGCCGUUCACGCCCAGGACAGGCAGCCCCAGCUCCUGCGCCUCCACCUCGCCGCUGCCGUGUGAGGGCAAGGCGGCUGACAAGGAGGACAAGAAGGAGUGCGAUGGCAGUAAAAACACUUCACCUGACAGUAGCAGGACACGUGGAAUUACCCCCGAUGGCAGCCAGGAGGCCACGUCUGGAUCCAAGGCUGUAACGUCGGACUCCAUAUCGGUCACUUCCUCGUCCUCCUCGGUGCUCGGCUCCGGAUUGGUGGCCCCCGUUUCCCCUUACAAGCCCGGGCACACUGUUUUCCCCUUGCCACCUGCUGGCAUUUCCUACCCUGGAAGUUUAGCGGGGGCUUACGCUGCUUAUCCACAGCCAUUCCUUCCUCCCGGAAUGACCCUCGACCCCACCAAGUCCAGCAGCCAGCUUUUGAGCGCGCAAUUUGCCGCCGCCAACUCGCUGGGGUGCAGCAAAGCCGGCACGAGCCCCCUGGCCGGGUCGUCGCCACCCUCCCUCAUGUCCGCCAGCUUGUGCCGGGACCCCUACUGCCUCAGUUACCACUGCACCAGCCACAUGUCCGCUGCGUCCAGCGCCAACUGCGCGCACGACUCUGCAGCAGCUGCUGCCGCCGCCUCUGCGCUCAAAUCCGGAUACCCCCUCAUGUACCCGGCGCACCCGCUCCACGGCGUGCACUCCUCGGCUCCGUCAUUCGGCGGACACCCCUUGUAUCCGUACGGCUUCGUGCUGCCCAAUGACCCGCUGCCGCACAUCUGCAACUGGGUGUCGGCAAACGGACCGUGCGAUAAGCGCUUCUCCACUUCCGAGGAGCUGCUCAGCCACCUGCGGACUCACACGGCCUUUGCCAGCUCGGAGAAGCUGCUCUCCGGUUACCCGGGCUCGUCGUCCCUGGCUAAUGCCGCAGCAGCCGCUGCCAUGGCUUGCCACAUGCACAUGCCUUCCAACGGCAGCCCGGGCAGCCCCGGUACGCUGGGUCUCCGGGGCCCACAUCACCCUCUCGGACUGGGAAGCCGCUAUCACCCGUACUCCAAGAGCCCCCUGCCCGCCCCCGGAGCCCCAGUGCCGGUGCCUGCUGCCACUGGACCCUAUUACUCCCCGUACGCCUUGUAUGGACAAAGACUGACCACAGCCUCGGCUUUGGGGUACCAGUAGAGACUAUUACAAAUAUAUACAUUUAUAAAGAAGAUUUAGACCCAAUGAGUUUUAUAUGUACUUCAUGCAGGGACUGGAUCCAUGUGGGGAUCAGUGUAUUUAUUUGAGAUAGCUUCAAGCGUGACUAAAAUAAAAAAAAAACUAUAAUAUAAAACUGUUAACAGCGUCAAUGUGCAUUAUUUGGGAGAUUAAUGAGCUGAGAGUUGAAUGUGACCUAAAAAAGCUAUUUUAAUUGUAGCAAGGCCUGCAGGGCUGUCUGCACUGUGAUGGAUGUGGAAGAUCAAUCAGCAGCUUCUUCACAAAUGUCAUUGAUUUAUUGUGUGACCUGCAGCAUGAAGCCCAUUUUAAACCCAGCCAGCAAGAGGAUGCAUGGUUAUUUACAAAUAUUGCUUUAAAAAAAAAAAAAGACAUUUAUGAUCAUUCUCAAACUAUUUUUUUCGUUACACGCAAAUGCCUUUCCAUUUUAAACAAUUCCAUUACAUUUAGUUAGUUUAACAUAACACACUAUUAUACAUAUACAAAAUAUGACGGACUUUAAAAUAUAAAAUUGUUGACUUAGCAUUCUCACCACCAUAUUCUGCACAAAAAUAGAAAUGGAAUACAAAAAAAAUGUGCAAACAUGCUACAUAGCGUGCGCUGAUAAUGUCACACAUGUGCUAACAUCACGUAUCGCUUGCUAAUACGUCUCGGAUGUGACGGCAGGAGGUCAGGGGAAAUCUUUUCAUUAAGCAUGACAAACGAGCUAGUGAUAUCAGCGAGCGGCUAAACAAAGAUUCUCCAGCUUGGUGACAUUGCUGUAAUGAAGCCAUCAUAGAGGCACAACAACGUGAAGCCAGCAAGGCCUACCUGUUUUUAAUCUGGAGGGCCCCAUCAGCUAAAUCAAGUGUCAUCACACAUGCCUUCUGUAAACAUCAGAUUGCUCCCUCCAACAAUAAAAAUCAGUGUCACGUGUGGUAUUUGUCAAACAAAGUCAUCUUUCAUGCAGAUUAGUCCUAAACAUGGCUGGCUGAUGCACAGAAUGGAGAUACGACACAAUUCAUCACUGCAGACCAGGGGUGCCCAUUACGUUGAUUGAGAGCUACCGGUAGAUCGCCAAGGUAGUUUGUGUCAAUUGCGUAAACGUCACUUUGUCAUAUGACAUCAGUCAGCUGACAUUAAGCUCCCCUCCUGAUUCGCUCUUGCUCUCCUGCGGCACGUGAAGCUACACACGAAGAUGCAAAUUUCAUUUUUAUUAUUCUGAUUACAAAUAAACUAACUCAGCGGUAAGAUGGUUAUAUCUAUACCUAAAGUUAUCUGUUCACUUGUAGCAGCUAGCUACUUAGAAAAAAAGUGUAUUGUUGACUGGCUUUGCUUGGCGUCAUGAACUCUACUACAGAAAUCAGUGUUUUCUACACGUUGGCUUCUUAAACUAUUAUUUCAUGAUGAAAUUAAAAAUGUGCCCAUUGGUGAAACCUUUUUAAUAUGUUGCCUUGACUUGGUCUGCAUUGUCUUGCAUCAUCAUUUUACAUUCUUGUAUAUGGCUAAUGUUUGAUAGCAAAUGCUAACUGGAUGUAAUACAUGAGGUGUGUGUCCUAAUGAACGUUACGUAGCUAAUGUGACUGACAUAUUACCAGUACUCACUCACUAGUACUCAACUAUUUAGGAGUUAUGUGGAAUGAUCUUUAUUUCCAUAUUGAAUAUAAUUAUGAUAGCAACUACUUUGAUGACCUGUUAACUUUGAAAAUGUGAACGUGAAAUACUAAUCAUUAAUAUUUACAAUAGAAUUUCACAGAUUACCAAUUAGAUUUUGUUAUAAUAUAUGUUACGUUAUGUUGUUAUGUUAAGUUAUAAGUUUUAUAGAAAGAGGUGGAUCAUUUGGACUUGUACUUGCAUGCCGAGAAAGUGCGUGCACUCCUGAUAUACAUGUAUAACCUACAUAAAUACAUACUCAUAUUUUAUUAAAAUAAAUAUAGUAAAUGUAUAUAUUUUUAUAUAUUUAUAGUAAGAGGUAGAUCUUUAGGACUUGGUCAUUUUAAAAGUAGCUCGUAGGCUGAACAAGUGUGAGCACCCCUGCUGCAGACAGUCAACCUUGAAGUGUUCCCAUCUUUUUCGGCUGUGCGUUACUCAUAUAUUGCUUUAUUAUUAAUUGACUAGUAUACGCUUCUGAAUGUUAUGCUACUAUUCAGUAAGAAUCUACAACUUUACCUAUUCAAUCACACACAUACCUCACUUUUGCACAAAUCCAAUUUUAUUAUUGACCCCACUCCUGCUUUGGGUAAAACAAUCCACUAAAAAGGUGAAAUCCAGUUACAUUGUUGCAUGUUCAAUGAUACUGUACACUGACCUCAACAAGGGGCAUCUAUGCGCAAUGUAAACAUAUAUAACAUAAAUAUAUAAUUUAACGCUGAACACUAUACUUACGAUUGUGAUUUGUGGUUAUUUGUGCCGCGGUGUAGAACUGUUCUGCAUCAUAAUGAGAGCUGUGCCAAUUAUUUUUGGCUACUUUAUAAUCUAAAUAGGAGGGUUAAGUAAUGCUCAUAGUUAAAAUGUGUAUGAUUGUGGUUGUAUUUUUACACUGCACUGCAGGUGGAGGGCUAUUAUUUUAGCUACUUUAUUAUAGCAUGGUAUGUAUGAUGCAGUACAGUUCAGCACCAGCCACAAAUAAUAAUAUACAUGACACUU